AUGUCGGAAUUUACUCUUUGUGGUCCCUGUGGUUAUGCUAAAGAGAAUAAAAGCGCAAAGAAAUGGUGUACAGUUUGUGAAGAGGGAUUAUGCGCAGAUUGUGAAAAGGUUCACAAAUCUAUAAAAUCAUCACGAAAUCACAGGCUUAUAUCAAUCGAAGACUACCGACAAAUAAAAGAUAUUUCUGUCAAUCUUGACUGUCAGGAUCACGAUAAGCAACUUGAACUGUACUGUAAAACACAUGAUAUUGCAGUUUGUUUAGGUUGCAUUCCAUUUCAUCACAUGACAUGCCCUGAUGUCAUUCCUUUAGAUCAAGCUGCUAAAAAUGUUAAACGUUCAGUUGCAUUGGCUGAUUUAGAGGACACUUUUUCAAGCACGUUACAAAAUCUUCAGCAAAUCAUUACCGAUUGUGUUUCGGCUAUGGAACUGUUGAAUGACCAGAGGCAAGAUAUCAAAAAUACAAUAAAUGAUACAAGAGCAAGAAUAAUGAAAAAGUUGGAUGACUUACAGACCAAACUACUCCUUGAAUUAGACAAGACAUAUGGUAAUUGUAAAUCCGACAAUGACAAAUUUCUUACUCGUCUUAAAAAUUGCGAACGUGAUUUAAGUUGUUGGAGAAAACGAACAAAACAAUUGAAAUUAUUCGCAUCCGAAGUGUAG